AAAGAUGGAAUGGCAUCCAUCAUCUUUUGAACCCAACCUCAAAUUUGCAUCAAAAUUAAAAGGAGAUUUGAAAACAAAAUAUAUUGAGCAACAUGAACAAGCUAAAAAAGCGUUGGAAAAUUUUUCUUGCUCUUUACAAAACAUCUUUCUUGAACAUCAAAAACUGUUGAAUGAAAAAAUAGAACUAUCUGUAACUAAUGAAAAACUAAGGGAAAUUAUUGAUAGUCAGAAAUCUAAUCAGCAAGUUGUAGCAGUUAUCAAACCACCAUCAUCUGAAAUUCUUGGAGCCAGUCCUAAUUGUAAACUCCAAAAAUUGUCAAAACUUACAAUAAAUGAAAAAAGAAAUAAUUUUAAUGAUAAAUCUUCAAGUAUCGUACAGAAAGAAAAUAUAAGUGAACUUCCACCUAUAUACUCAGAAGAUUUUGAAGAUAUUGAAAAUGGGAGUUUUAUAACACAUAAAUCUCCAUCAGUAUCAGUUACAAAUUCACCUAUAAAAAUCCAAAGCAGCCCCAUUUUUAGUAAAUGUAAAAGAAGUAAUUCCAGAAAAAGCAAUUCAUCUUUAAAUAUUUCGUCACAAUCAAUCGAUUCAAAUAAUGACAGUAAACUUAGUUCAGCUAACGCAAGUUCGUUUGAACAAAAUAUUGACAUUGAUUAUGAUCAAAAGAAAGAGUUUGCAAAGGAAUAUAAAAAUGAACCAUUAAAACCAAUAGAGAAUAUUUUACAAUCUCCUAUUAAAAAAAACAAAGAUGUAAGUGUAACACAGAAGAUCUUGAAUGUUUCUAAAAUUAAUUAUACAAAGACUGAAUUUCAUGACAAGGGUAAGAAGUCCAAACAAACUGUAUUAAGUUUUAAGAAAGUAGCUCCAAUCAUGGAUGUCAGUAAAAUUGAUUUAAAUGAAAGUCUUGGAAAUAAAAGUGUGAGUCUCUCAAGGAAAAAAAAUUCUUGGAGUGAGACUUUUUACGAUAACAGUAUUGCAAAUCAACAUUCUGACAGUAUUCUAGAGAAUAUGAAAAAAUUUAAUUCUCCAAGAAAUGGUCCAAAAGAAUUCAGAACAUCAAUUGAUCAAAAUAUUGUUGCAAAAGAAGAUACUUUCUAUGAUAACCAUAUGACAAAUGAAAAUUCAGACAGUAUAAGAAAUGAUUCGAUAGAAUCUAGAAUAUUGAAUAAUCAAAAUACUAUUACAAAAGAUGAUUCUGUAGAAAUUAGUCCUCUACAGAAUGAAAGGUCCUCAAAAUUGAAAAAUAAAUUUAAUUUUAUUGAAAAAUCAAAUUUGAAUAACGUCAAAGAAAAGAAUAGUCAAUUAUUAUUAAAUGAAAAAUUAUCUUUUACAUUGAAUAAUAAUAUAUUGCAGCAGAAAUGCUGUUUGAAAAAUGGAACAUCAGAUGAAAAAAACGAAAAUAAUAUCAAUUUAGAAACCGAUAUACCACAAAAAAUUAGUUGUGAUGAAACUUAUUUUUCUCAAGCUGAAAUGACUAAUCAGAAGGAUAUGACAAAUUUUGAAAUUGAUUUAACAGAUUUUGAAGAUGAUAUGCAAUGUGACACACCACCUGCAAAAAAAAAAUUACUUAAUAGUUUUGACGUUAUACCUGGCAGAGCAGAUGAGAGCCUAAGCUAUGCUUACAAAGAAGGUCCUGUGAGAAAAAAAAGCGAGAGAGAAAAAUUAGAAGGAUGGGAUUGUAGAGACUGUAAAGAAUACUACAAAAAUAUACCGGAAAAGGAUAGAAAAAAACGGCAAAAUUUAUGUUCCAGACAUAGAGGAAAGUACAAACCUGAAAAUCCUGAAACCCCUCCUAGUUUUUGGAAUCCUGUUUUUAGUGAUUCUGAAGGUGAUUUAUCGAUAUUCCAUGAUUAGUUAUGUUUUAUACAAGUGAAUGAAAAAAAAUUAAUAUAUUCUUGUAAGAAUGCUUAAAUGCUUUAAUUUAUAGGAUUUAACUGUUAUAUGCAGAUAUAAAUGCAUCGAUAAGAUGCUUUUGUAAAUAUAUUAG